GGUACAAUAUCUGUCAUCUGUGUGAUUUAUGGACCGUUUUCGUUGGUGCUCAGACGAUGUUGAGAAUUAUGGAUCUACCAAUCAAGAUAGCCUACAUGAAGAAUCAGUAGUAUUACAAAAAUCUGGCGUCCGUUUAUACGAUGGACCUAAUCGAAGUGCUUUCGACGGAGGCUUACUCAAGCUGACAACUCAUCGUAUCUUAUGGUCUGAUCCUUUAUCACUGACAAGUUCUUUUAUAGCUCUUCCAUUGGCUGCUAUAAUUUCUGUGAAGGUUGAGGAGGGUGGGGGUAGUCUGACAGUAAGCCGUACACCGAAAUUGAUUCUUCGUUUGUUAACUGUAGCAGCGCUACAAAAUGUAUUGGCAAGUUUACCGAAUCCUCCGCAGUGGAUUGAGCACUGGUGUGAAGGUGUUGAAGGUUCCGGUUCUGGAAUCGACAGUAUCGCUUUUAGUGCGACUGCAGUUGUCAGCUAUUCAAAAGAAGACCAUGUCAAAUUAGGCUUUCCAAUGGCUGGGCAUCAUGAAUUUCUACAGUCUCUAAACGAAGUCCUAAAGGUGAAACUGUGGACAUUGUCUUAUCAUUCAGAUUUUAAAUUGACAACUAAGUCGUUUGGUACUGGAGGUAUUGGGGCAAUUCAAAGACAACAAGCUGCACGUGCUGUUGAAACUGAUCGUAAUAUUGCUGAGACUUUUGAAGAUUUGAGUCAACUUAUGAACAACGCAAGUGAAAUGGUUAAAUUAAGUCGUCUGUUGGCUAAGAAAGUUCGCGAUACAAAAGGUAGUGAUCUAUCAGCUAAUGAAAUCGCUGAACUACGUUCGGCCAUGCUGUCAAUGGGAGUUGUAGAAGUCGUAAGUGGUGGCGAUGACAGAGGAUCCUCAUCAUCAUCGCCAUCAUCGCUCAGCGGUACGACUUUCUAUAUUCGAUUAGCUCAUCAGGUAUCAAGUAUACUUUUUCCAUUACUAAAAGGUCAAUGUUCCAACCAUUCAGCUGAUCGCUUACAUACUGGUUGUAUUGAUUUAGCAACAGCUUAUUGUCGAGUUAAUCGUGCACGGGGUAUGGAUCUGAUAUCUCCGGAAGAUUUACUUAGAGCCUGUCGUUAUUUAGAUAAGGAAAAUUUACCCAUAAGGUUGAAGGGCUAUGCAAAUGGACUUUUAGUAGGUGCAUCUUGUUUGUUGGUCUAUUGUUAAUAUUGUUAUUACUAUUAAUUUUUAGCUUGUAUAAAUUUUUAAAUUUACUUCCGUUUCGUUCGAAUGGAAUAUUUUUGCUUUAGGAUUUUGCUAUCCAGUGGGUAAUUUCAUGUAACAAGUGGUUUAGUUCUUGUGAAAUAAUUCCUUUAUUUAUUUAUUUAGCACAUAAAUAUUGGUACGAAGGGGCACCAGAUAUAUAUGCGCCACGCAAAUCUCAUUUAAUUUGUGUGAGGGUUGUGAUACUGCUCAGGUGCUUAAACUGAAGCAGGUAGUUUACUGAGGGGACCACACCCGGAGCCGUCGACCAAAAAGUCUGAUCCACAAGGCAGUGGAGCAUCGUAAGGAUAUGCAGUCCCAUGGUAGCCGGUGACCAACGAUUGAUCCAUACGUCAUUUAUUCCCCCAGGAUAUUGGAACCCAUGUGCACCAUUGGUUUGAAAUCAGGGUUUUCCAACUCCUCUAGGUGGAUGCACCGUGUCCACCAACCCGGUUAAAGCGCCGGACAUUCGCUUUUCGUCCUUUCAAUUUCGUAAACAAAACCCCCGCUACGAUAAGGCAGUGAGUAGGACUUCCCUGACAGAGGCUAUAUAUUCGUGUGGCCAUGUGAGAGUAUUUCGAGAGGGAGAGCGGACACUCCCCACUCUCGGCCGUACCAGGGCAUUUGGGGCGAAAUAAUUCCUAGAUCUUCUUAAUUCGAUAAUAAUACCGUUAAAUAAAUUGAAUACAAUGCUUGUGUGUAAGCGGAAGACUAUUUUGCAUCUUUUGUCAUGGUAAAUUACUUUUCGUCCACCUGUUCCACACAAUUUUACCAUAGGACGCGUUGGGGAUUCUAGAUCUUCAGAACUCACUUGGUUAAUGUUUAUUUUUGUAAUUUUAUCUAUUUGAAUUUUCCGCACCGAAAGUGCCCACUUUCACCUUCUGAUGUGUGAGCGAGAAUGACAAUGAUUGGUUGUCUUGAUGAGUCAGACAUUAGAUAGGAUGACAGGUGUUAUAUGUGUUCUAUAUAUCCCCCUAUCCUUAUUAUGUAUGGACUGUUCCUUGUUGAUGGACAGUUAUUGUUGGGCUGUUCCUUGUUGUUGGACUGUUAUUGAUUGACUGUUCCUUGUGUCGGAUUUUGGUGUGGAAAUAUAUUGACGUUAUAGUCAGGCUAACCUCGUGUUCUUGAUCUUAGUUGUGUUGAAGUCCUGUAGAAUAGACACUGGGUGGGAAUCUAGUGUAGAUAUUCGUCUAAGUUAAAUUAACGUCCCACAUACGUGUAAAAAGUGAAAGGACUGUUAUAACCAGAAACUCUAGAGUUAUAAGAAGCAUCCUUAAAUUUAUAACUCCUUCAUAUUGUAUUUCCCACUUGGAAAGACCUUAAAUGUUAUUGGUUCGUUAUCUCUUUUAAUAUGCUAUUUUGUGACGUUUCCCUAGGACAUUUUUAUGCUGCAUAUGCAUGCUUAAGUUGUGUUUGUUGUUGUUGUCCGUGCUUGCGGAUGCUUGUGGAAUACACUUCUCCUCUUCUGAACCUGGACUUUCCCCUCUAGUUAGCGGUCUGGGACGCAUCGGAGUAGUUAGCUUAUCUGGUCAUUGUGUCGCUGAGUCUUGCUUCUGUUCACAGAUUUUGGUGAUCUCGUAAUCCCAUCAAAAAUAGCAGAACUGUUGGUUGCUCACUAUAUAGUUGUGCGGAGGAGACAAAAAAUUAAACACUGCUAAGUUCGAAAGCUAAUUUUCAGGAGAUGGGUACUUAUAUUUUUAAUGUGCAUUUAUUGAACACUUAUUCUAGUAGAUUUUUAUAUUGAACUAAUUGUAAGCCUUCACUCCUUGGCACCACUGCUAUGAUGUUUUCUUUACUUGAGUUAUCAUAACUUAUUGAUAAACCUGUAAUUUAGUCUUUGUAUCGUAAAUGUUCUACUUGGGUCAUAUAUUGUAAUCUUUUGUUUGUAUUGUGCUGUAAAUACUGCAUAUAAUGUGAUUUUUCAAGUCAUAUAUAGAGUUAACAUCGUCUGUCUUACCUUCUCAUUCUAAUAACGGCUUGGCAACAGAGAAAUUUUGUGUACGUCAAUAAAUGUUUGAAUAUCUGGUCACAGGGUCGGGGGGAUCAGUACUAUUAGAUUAAGGAUACAGUCAAAGGCUAUAUCAGUAUUCAGACUCAACCAACUUACCUAUGGCAAAAGUAUGAACAAGUUUCUUUUGUAAAUAUUGUUCAAACAAAUAUUUCAACAAUUCUAAUAAAACGAAAACACACUGACUUUUACAGAUUUCUAUUCGCUUUUUAGAUGGUUGAACACGAGAGAAAAACUGCAAAAUACACGAGAAGCACUUUACUCCAAAGGUUCAUUUAUGUACAGAAAAUAUUGGGUUUUUAUAGUAUUUUAGAAGUCCUUGAGUUUUUCUGGAAAUUCUGGGAUGCUACUAAACGUAGUAGCAGUGUAGUAAUCAGCCAAUCAGAAACUCUACAUGUGACUUUUUACUUUCGUGAUGUUUUUAGCAAAACGCUGAUUGGAUAGAAUGUUUCCUGAGCCUUUCUUGUCUAUUACGAGAAAUUUUCAGGAUCGCCCCAACAUUAUGAAUGAUGGAUGUUUAAAUAAAAUGACAUGUCACACAAUGGGUUUACUUCUUAUGGAGCCACUUUUACUUCUAUUCAAACAUACAGGAUGGUGUUCUUUGUUUCUUUAGUAGAACAUGCAUCGACUGAAUGACACACCUAGUACCACAGAAAUGUUCAAAUUGAAGAGGUCAGAUGCAAGAGAUUAUUCUUUAGGCUAUCGAUCAAUAUAGAUCGACUGAGUAUUACUAGUCUAAAAGUUGAUACGGGAGUUUUUUUGAGUAAUUUUGAGAUUUUCCUGCUAAAGAUGUUAACAAUUAUAUCAUCCUUAAAGUCGACCUUCAUGAAAUGAUUUCCAAUAUAUUGUGAACCUUUGUUUUUAACUUCGACUAUUAAUUUGUUUAUAUUUUCUAUUUAGUGCUAUUGUUAUACUUUAAACAUUUCACUUUUUCGUCUUAUUAGUUUAUUGAUUUUUCUUGACAUGUAAAAUAUCAUGAUUUAUAGAAAAUAUACAAUUGUGACGCUGUAGAAAUUGAUCAGCACUGAAGGACUAGGUAAGUAUGACACUAGUCAGUAGUGAGUGGUCAAUCCACUGUGAAUAUGUUAGUCCUUCAGAAGUCAGUUGCUUCCCGAAUAGCCUAGUGGUAGUCUCACAGUAUGGGGAUGGGUGACGCCAGUUCGAAUCUCCCGGGAAGAACACCAUUUGUCUCAAGGUUGUAAGUAUACGUUGCUGAUGAGUGUUGACUAGCGUAAAACUUAGAUCGACUAAGGUUUCCAGUCGACUACAUCCAACCACUCAAGAUAUACGAUUGUCUGAAGUUGUAUUUAGUUUCUAUUGUCAAGUCUAAAAUGACACUUCCUGUGUUUAUUAAUUUGCUUUUUUUAUUACGUCUGGUUUUGACUUUUCCUGCCAAUUUUCUUUUCACGUAGUUUUUUCAUGUUUAGUGCAGCUGGAAACACUUUCCACCUAUUUGUCUUUUACGUUUUUCCUCUUGGUUUUUUUUUGCAUUGGUCCCAAUGGCACUGUAAAUAUGUUUGUGUUUAGGCAAGAACUCUUUGCUUGGUUUCAUUCAUAUUGAUCUCUUUAAUCAAUAAUUUGCUGAACAUGUUAUUUUUCUGACUAGCUAAAGCCAAAAAGAAAAUAAGAGAUUUUGUUCAAUGUUUAAGAAAUCAAGUACAAAUGUUAUUCAUUGUAUAGUCAAACUACAUCAUCAAUUUAUUUUAUAUUUCCGAUAUGACUUUUUACAAUUAAAAUCUAAAAUGUUUAAUUGUUUGUUUUGUAUAUUUUACUAGUAACAUUAAUUGAUUUCUGAUUACCAACUACAUUUAUUUAUUUAUAGGUUCUUCAGCUGGCAUCUGAAGAUGAAAUAGAAACAUUGAAAUCUACAGUAGAAUUAGUGGAAAAACGCAUUAGUUUGUCAGUGGAUGAACUUGCUCAUACAGUUAACCUCUCUCCUGUUUUGGCUAAAGCAAGAUUGUUGGCAGUUGAAGAAGUUGGUCUUAUUUGUCGUGAUGAUAGCGAGGCUGGUUUACGUUUCUAUCCAAAUUAUUUCUUAACUCGUCAUGAUUAAAUAUUCUAAUUGGCUUUGAAUUAUAAGUUUUUCAAUUUUUUUGUUUUUGCCAAAACUGAAGUUUAUCUGUUCUUUGCUCAUUGUAUUCGAAAUAAAAAUAUGAAAGAAAUCUAUAGUUUUUGAUUUUAUAAACCGCAUGUGUAACUUUUUCACACAAUAAAUAUGAGUAUCAAGAUUUAACCUGAUAAUUUCAAAUCUAAUCAGAAUUAAAUAUAUAUUGUUUAUAACGAUAAAAUAAAAACAUAGCAACUUUGUAUACAUCAUUUCUUCGGCGAAUAGAUGACUAAAUUCUGUGUGAGAGAUAUCUGUGUAUGCUCGUGUGAAAAAUGUGAUAUUUAAAUGUAAUCUACUUAUAGUUACAGGCACACCUUAUUGACAAGUGCCAACUAUCAUGAAAACUAGGUCCAUAAUUUCCUGUUAACCACUACCUUAGAUACAAUGUUCCACAUUUCCAACUUUGAUCAGUUCGUGAUAUUGAACAUUCAUCAUUUAUAGUGGCUUCAGUGGGUUACUGUGGAAAAUUGUGAAGCUAGUUACUGAUAAAUACAUGACUGUAGACGUCAUUUAUUUGUAUCUGAAUUUUUCAAUUAUCAGGGUACGUCAACUUGUCUUUGAUGAACAGGUAUUUAGGCUCUUAUCAUAUCGAUUUAAUGAUUUAUAUGAAACAAUUAAUAAAACCGGUUAUUAAAGUGUUUAAUACUGUUGAGUAUGUUCUCACCUAAAAUCAUUAGCGUGAGUUGAAAGCUUCUAUUAGUUCAAGCAGAAAUAACGUAUUGUUUUGGCUCUAUGCCAACAACUUCAACCAGUCAAUUCAAUAUCAUUGGUAAGAAUCGAUGAGAAACAAACAUGAAGAGUAAGUGUCGGUUUUUUCGUGCAUGUAAGGAUCUGCAACAUGAGUUGUUUUUCAGUUAAUCAGGGAAAUUCUCCCAUCACAUUAAACAUUGUAGUUUGGAAAUAAUCUGUACAGUGUUAUGUUCAAUACUCAAGUUUUUAGUACAACAUUAUACAUCUAGGAUCUUUACACGAUCUUUUAUACGUUAUUGAAAUUACUUGUCCAUAAAGUGUUGUUGGUUGUGACGGCUUAUUUGCUGCUUUCAUUUCUAAACCAUUAAAUAAUUAGGGACCUGAAUAGUUCAGUGGUAAUAUCUCUAACCGGCUCAUUGUAUGCCACUUGUUCGAAUCAUGUGGAGAACAUUAGUUCUUUCUGUCAAGAUUGAAAGAACAUCUUGCUAACUACUAAUAAAAAAAGUUUUCGGUCACAGGCUUCCAAUUGUUUGCACCGAGCAACAUGAUUAAAAUAGUUAAUCAUUGUUAGUUUAAGAUAUAUCUGCCGCUAAAUUAUUUAGGAAAUUACCGACCAUUUUUACAUUAUCUGCAAGAUAAGAUGAUCUGCUUGAAGAAAGGGAAUUUGUUUGUGAUAAAAAUUGAAGUAUGGAAAGUGACAGUUAAUUAGCAUGUUUGAGUGAGUUAUCUGGCUUUUGUUACUCAAACCUGAUAUUGUCUAUCAUAUCUAUCAUCUAUCCAUUAUAUUUAUUGAUCUUUUGUCACUAAUUAUGCGUGUCGUAUUUGAGCAGAUGAAGAUAACAAGUUUCCCUCUGUUUUUCAAGGUUUCAUUUGGAAUUUCACUUGU